UCGUAUCACAAGUUUUAAAAAAUACUCCAAGCCUAAACAGCUCCUAUAAAUGUGGCAUUUAGUUCCCUCGACAACUCUACUACUAGUGAUCUAGAGUAGAAAAAGGUAACAGAACACCUUUUCCGUAGGAAGCAAAAAAUCAAACCAAACAAAGAAACAUGAUUUCCUCCAAACACUUCUUUCUGAUCACGCUGACAAUCACGGUGGCGCUGCUAUCAGCAACCACCACCACCGCCCAACUGCCAUCAUGUGCUUCAAAAUUAGCACCAUGUGCACAAUAUCUUAAGUCAAAGAAACCACCAGCAUCUUGUUGUAACCCACUUAAAGAAGCUGUAACUAAAGAUCAUGCUUGUCUUUGCAAACUUUAUGAAAAUCCAAAUCCCACUUCGUUAAGUUCUCUUGGUAUUAAUGUUACUCAAGCUCUUGAUCUUCUUCCUAAAUACUGUAAGAUCCGUGGUGAUGUUACCGCUUGUAAAGCAAAAAAUAAAAAUGGAGUGAGCAGGGUCGCAUGGACUGGAAUGUCAAGCUUACUCGUGCUCUUCGCUUCUUUCGUGCUUGCUUAGUUAAGUGUUGGGGAAAUGUUGAUGAAUUUCUUACUUCAGUAUCAUUUAGGGAAUUGGUAGAUUGCAUUUCAUGAAUUUAUCACUUGUAUUCUGUGAAAUUUGCAUUGUAUUAUAUGUGAAGUUUGCAUUGUAUUAUAUGUGAAGUUUGCAUUGUAUUAUAUGCUGAGAUGAACUAAAUUGAUGUAUUAGUUGGAGGAGAUAUUUUAAUGUUUCACGAUUUGCAUACUUUGUGUUUGCAUGUUCUUGAUGUAUUCGUGGGUUUUAUUAAGCGAAAUGUGGCAGGUUUUUAAUUAAUAUUAGAAAGGGCCUUUUCUUUUCUAGUCAUAUUAUUCUUGGCACUAGACAGCAAGAACAUGUAAACACAAAAUGUACCAAAGA